AUGGACCUUCCGGCCGAAGAACUGGUUGACAAGGUCGCUCUCUAUGCGGCCUUCACCGGAAUCACAAAGCCCAGCAGUGACGACAUGUUCUUCCUCGUAGUAGGAAAAACUGGCUCGGGUAAAAGCACCUUCAUUAGCCAAUGCACCGGCAAGAACGUUGACAUUGGGCACUCUCUCCGAUCUUGUACACAGUCCAUAGAAGUAUUUGACUUCCACUGGUUGGGCCGACACAUAUUCUUGAUCGACACCCCCGGCUUCAACGAUUCGAACCGCUCCGACGCCGAGAUCCUCGAAGCACUUGCCUCUGGACUCAGUGCCUCGUAUGCAAACAAAGUACGCAUACAUGGCGUUGUUUUCUUACAUCCGAUAUCUGAUACACGUAUGUCAGGCUCGAGUCUGCGCAACAUAGACAUGAUGAAGGCCGUGUGCGGGUUCGCGCGGUACGAUAACCUCGCCAUCGUGACAACCAUGUGGCCCCGACUACCACAACAAAACGACGAACAUGACAGACUCGAAUCUCUAUCCAAACUCGAAUCUCGAUACAAUGAGCUUCGUACAAACGAUCGAUUCUUUGGAGGCCUUCUCCGCCAGGGCGCUGAGGUGUUCAAGUACGGGGCAGACAGCGCAGGAAAAGUUGUCACCCACCUCGUCUAUCAAGCACUUAUGCACCCGAUUACGGCUCUUCGAAUACAACAUGAGAUUGUGGACCAACACAAGCCUCUGAGCGAGACAGCGGCAGGCCUUGUCAUCGGUACCGAUAUAUCACAGCGCAUGGCAGACGAUGAAGAGCUCGUGGCCUCGCUAUCAACGACAGAUAGCACUGAUCUUACACACAAAGCUACGGAGCACUUGGAAAAUUGCAAGAAGGAGAUGGAAAUACUAGAGAAGUCACUACACGACAUGCAUAGAGAUGGCAAGAGCCGAUGGGAAGAGAGCAAGGUCAAAAUAGAUGCGAUGCUUGACCAUGAGCUGGAGAAAGCUGAUCAGGAAUUGCUCGAUGUGCAAUCAUCUAAACAUCGGUCCAUAACCUUAACGGACGAUUUCGAGGAACGCUAUUCUCACAUCUUGUGUCUCAAGGAGAAGGUCUCAAACAUUCGUGCAGCGCAAGAGAGGUUCGCACGAUAUAAGGGACAUAUGAUCAACGGCGCAAUAAAUGGCCUUGCUGCUGGUUUAACAGGUGGCAUAAUAGCAGCUGCUGCGACGGGGCUGGCCUGCAACAUAAUGUAG